AUGCUGAAGCGAGUGGUUCAUUCGUUAGGCCGGGUGGAACAUAGAGAGAAAGGUUCCAGAAGGAAGAACCAUCAGAGUGAAAGGGUGCCGUCGCCGGAAUUGUACUCAAAGUCCAGGGAUUUUGUUGUGAGGAUAACUCACGCGGGUGGACAUCAGGAACUGUAUAGACAUGCAGUUCCUGCGUCUAAGUUGAUGACAAAGUAUCCAGGGAUGUGUGUUGCACGGCCAGAAGUGUUCAAAGUGCCUCAUCAAUCGGUGUUAUGGAGAGAGGAGGUUCUGGUGCCUGGUCACAAGUACAUCCUGAUCUCUUUUAAAGACGUGGAGAAGUUGAAACGAAAAAUUUCAGAGGGGUCUCCAAAGGACAGAGUGAAAGCGGCGAAUGGUGUAGCAGGCCAUGAGACGCUGGAUACAAUCAUCAAUGGUGGAAAAAGUCACAGAGAGAAUGGGAAAAUGAAAGAGCCAAAUGGAGUUGCAGGCCAAGGGUUGGAAAAAAGGACAAGUCUUUCUCCCAAAGGACAAGGGAGCAACAGUGUUGUGAAAGAGGGAAUGGGGCUAGGUGUAGAAAAGGUGGAGUCAAAUGUGGAUGGUUGUUUAGGUGAAGGAGGUGUAGAGGACUGUUUUUACUCUGCGAAGGACUUCUAUGGCCGUAGGGAGAAGUCCAUAACCCCAAGACCUUCAAGACGAAAAGGAAUAAAAGGGAAGAAGCCUUUUGUGGCACCUCUUCCAAAGCCACGACCAUAUCGGACCUUGGGAUGGCAACCUAGCCUCCCAACUGUGAAGGAACUCUCGCCAUGAUUUUGUGCUGUAGAGCUCUUAUUCUAUGGCACUUGCGUGCCAUUGAAUCACUCGUUUCUCUUCAGGAUCUAUGGAUAGCUGUUGCACCACUUUAAUAAAAUCAAUACGUAAUUCCCACCUUAGUUUUUUUUUUAAUUGUAUUGUUUCCUUGUGCAUAAGGAACUUUGGCAUGUGUAUUAGACAGAAGAAGAAAAAAUGUGAGCCAUUUGCAUAAAAUUAUUGCUAGCAUUGGCGGAACUUCUCACAAAUCUAACACCACAAAUGAAAUUGAGUUAUCUCGUUAUAUUGAAUCCA